ACACACACGCGCGCACACACUCCAUCUCUCCCUCCCUCCAGGCUCCCUCCACGCACGCGCGCAGCCUCCUUCUCCCUCCUUCAAUCUCUCUCUCUCCCUCCCUCCCUCUCUCCCUCCAUCCAUCCCUCUCUCUCAGAUCCAGCCCUCCCAGCAGCGAUUGCUAGGAAUUUGAAUGAAGAGUGGUCCUCUCCCGCUGCUGCUGUCAUCCUCCUCCUCCUCUUCCUCCUCCUCCUCCCCGAUCCCUGGCUGGGAUGCAAAACCUCAACUUGGAGAAGCAGCAUCUCUUGCGAAGAAGCAGAGUUUCUGCUUUUUGAAUUCCAGAAGAUGGGUGCCAUCACCAAAAAGAUCUAAUCCUCUAGACUAACUACUGUUAAGGAUAACUCUCAGACGGAGAGCUUAGCGAUGAAUCCGUUGAUGCUCCGAUCCAUCAAAGAGCCUGAUCAACGAGGCACAGACCAUCCCUAAACGUGAUUAAAUAUCCCUUUCUUCCAAGGCUCAGAGGCAACACGGAUUUACCUGACCUGUCUUCUUCACGAUUUGCUGUUCAAAGCACAACCAUCUGGAGGAGAUGUUGCUUGUGAAGAGUCUAUUUCUCUGCUAAUCGAUCAGACCUCUGCAGCACAUUCACGUCUGAAUUGUAAAAGGGACAGAAAACUUAACCCUUCAUCAGUUUGUCCUGAUGUCCUGGCUUCUGCUUGCUCCUCCUGCUGAGAAGUGGUAGCUGCUGCUGAAGGCUCUUCUUCAGUAACUAAGAUUUCAGCGACAGAUGGAUCUUUCUCUUUCUCCCUUCUUUUCUCUCUCCCCUCUUUCUGUCUCCCUUUCUUCCCUCCCCACUUUCAGCUCUGCUCCCUAUAUAUCUAUAUUUUUUGUUUUCAACAUGCUCGAUCUGAAGUUCUGAAGCCUUGCUUGGUGGAGACCAGUGAGACAGGAAGGAGGAAACAGCAGCACCCAACGGAGCACUCACAAGAUACAAAGGCAGCUCUGCCUUGUUCUUCCAGUUGCAUCAUGGUGGGGUUGAGGGGAGGAUGUGGAAGAUUCACACAAAGACAAUUUGUCAUUGAAUGUUUUGAUUUUGUUGGGCUUUGAGAAGAAGCACAAAUAUUAUAUAUAUAUCCAUUUAUAUCUCUCUGCAAGUACAAUUUUCAUCCAGCCUGGUUGAUCGCACAGGAGCUAAACAUUUUUGUCUCCAUCUCUGUGUGGAAAAAAGACACUGUAACAAUGGUGGCAUCACAUAGGACUGGGAUCCACAGGCCCUUCACUUGCUAAGUGCCAAGUGUGUCUAAAGAUUCAACUCUGCUCUCCUCUCUUUAGCUGUGUUUCCCCCUCUUUUGGCCUAAGGGGGUAGCAUAGCCCAUCAUGCUUCGUCUGGGAUUCUGGGUGGCUACCUUGCUCUGUUUAUUUGCUCCUGGUUUGGUCCAUAGUGACUGCUGGCUCAUUGAAGGUGAUAAAGGUUAUGUGUGGCUUGCAAUUUGCAGCCAGAACCAACCUCCAUAUGAAACCAUUCCCCAGCACAUCAAUAGCACUGUGCAUGACUUGCGACUGAAUGAGAACAAACUCAAAGUGGUCCUUUAUUCCUCUCUCAACCGCUUUGGGAACUUAACGGACCUCAACCUAACCAAAAAUGAAAUCUCCUACAUUGAGGAUGGGGCCUUCAUGGGACAGUCUAACCUGCAGGUGUUGCAACUGGGCUACAACAAGCUCACCAACCUGACUGAGGGCAUGCUGCGUGGCAUGGGCCGCCUCCAGUUUCUCUUUGUGCAGCACAACCUGAUUGAGGUGGUCACUCCCAAUGCCUUUGUGGAAUGUCCCAGCCUGAUCAGCAUUGACCUGUCCUCUAAUCGCCUCAGUCGGCUGGAGGGAAGCACUUUCACCAGCCUGAACAACCUGAUGGUAUGUGAACUAGCUGGAAAUCCAUUCAACUGUGACUGCAACCUUUAUGGCUUUCUCAUGUGGUUGGUGGCCUUCAACAAUGUCACAAAAAACUAUGACCGCCUGCAGUGUGAGACUCCCAGGGAGUUUGCCGGAUAUCCACUUCUCAUGCCUCGGCCACAUCAUAGCCGCAAUGCCAUCACUAUCUUCAAGUCAAUGUGUGGUGAUGGCACCUUUCCACCCAUCUCCAGGAUCAAACCCACUCAAUUCAUAACAGAUUCUCAGAGAGACCCAGAUGACAAUGCUGAAAACUCAGGCAUAAGCCCAGGGGAUUUUCUUUCAGUUGAACCUCCAGCAUCUUCCACCACUGAUUCCUCAGUCAACCCCAGCAUCAAGCUGCAGCAUGUGACUAUCACCUCAGCAACUUUGAUGGUCACAAUCCCUUCUCCCUUCAGCAAGAUGUAUGUGCUUGUUCAGUACAACAACAGUUACAUCUCUGAUGUAAUGACGCUGAAGAAAAAGAAAGAAGUUGUCACCCUCACGCAUCUAAAGGCUCAUACAGAUUAUACUUUUUGUGUGGCUUCCAUACGCAAUUCUAAACGCUUCAACCACACCUGCCUCUCAUUUGCCACUCGCAGUAAAGGGAGAGAGGAGCCAGUGCCCAACACAUCCACCACAACCCAUUACAUCAUGACUAUCUUAGGAUGCCUUUUUGGAAUGGUUAUUAUUCUUGGCAUUGUUUAUUAUUGUCUGCGGAAACGUAGAAUACAAGAAGAGAAGCAAAAAUCCCUUAAUGUCAAGAAAACCAUACUAGAGAUGCGUUAUGGCUCUGACAUUGACACCAGUUCAAUGGUACAUCCAUCACAGAAAUUAGGAGAGCCACCUGUUAUCCCAGUUUCACGGAUGUCUUCACUUCCCUCCAUGAUUGGUGAGAAGAUGCCUUCAUCCAAAUCUAUGGACACUGGGAUGGAAACUCCCAAGGUUACCACCAAGGGCAAUUACAUUGAAGUUCGGACAGGUGGUGGGGAUGGGCUAGACAGGUCUCAGAGGGAUGAUGACCUGCAUGAACUGGACAAUGGGCAAGGUUCAGCAGCUGAGAUCUCAACAAUUGCCAAGGAAGUGGACAAAGUGAACCAGAUAAUCAACAACUGCAUUGAUGCCCUCAAGCUGGACACAGCCUCUUUCUUGGGGGGAGGGGGAGGUGUUGACUCUGAUAUGGCUUUUGAAUGCCAGUCUAUACCAGCUGGUUCCUCUGGUGGGUUAGAGCGGCCAAGUUUUCUCUCACCACCCUACAAGGAGAGUUCCCACCAUCCCCUGCAGCGCCAACUCAGUGCGGAUGCCGCAGUGACCAGGAAAACCUGCAGUGUCUCCUCCAGUGGCUCUAUCAAGAGUGCCAAGGUCUUCAGUCUUGAUGUACCAGAUCACCCACCAUUAAGCAAGGCAGAUUCCAAGUACAUUGAGAAAGGAAGCCCACUCAAUAGCCCCUUGGAUCGUCUUCCCCUUGUGUCCCCAGGGGCCAUUCACCACCUGGAGGUGAAACCUUCCUAUCACUGCAGUGAACACCGGCAUUCCUUCCCAGCUCUCUACUAUGAGGAGAGUGGUGACACCUUAAGCCAACGGGUGUCCUUCUUGAAACCACUCUCCCGUUCCAAGCGGGACUCAACAUAUUCUCAGCUCUCACCCAGACAUUACUUCUCGGGCUAUUCCUCCAGCCCAGAGUACUCCUCAGAGAGCACCCAUAAGAUUUGGGAGCGUUUCCGGCCUUACAAGAAGCACCACCGGGAGGAAGUUUACAUGGCAGCUGGCCAUGCCCUGCGGAAGAAAGUCCAGUUUGCCAAGGAUGAAGAUCUCCAUGAUAUCUUGGAUUACUGGAAAGGUGUCUCUGCUCAGCAGAAGUUGUGACUCUCUCACUGAAAAGAAAGAAAACCCACACACACUUACACCAAGUUAUCCACCUGACUGUGAAACCAACCAACCUGGCAAAAGAAACUGAAAACCAUCCAAGUUUACAAAACAAACAAACAAAAAGAGCAGGAAAAACCACAAGUAAAAUGAAUUGUCUCCACUGCAUUAUGGGGACCAUUGUUACUCUUUCAAAGGAGACAUUUGCUUUUAUAUUGUGGUGAAGAGAGAGGGAAUGGAUGUAAGAGGGGCUCCUGGGCAGAGGUGAGAGGAGAACGAUGUUAACCAGGCAUAGAUAUAAGAUACUAACCAUCACUUUUCUUUUCUUGUUAUUUUCUUCCAAGAAGGGAAGUGUUUUUUUCUCAUCUCCUAGUGUGAGAGGCUAUGAUACUGUCUCCAUAUCCUUCUCUUUCCUUCCCAUGUUUUAAAGUGACCCUUUAAUCAGUAUGAACGAGAGCAGAGCAGCUGCCUUUCAAAGUGGACCACGUCUAGUCAGAGUAGUAUUUACAUGGCCCAACCUUGUAGCCAGGAGCCAAUUGUCCAGGAGCCAAAUAUAUUGUUAGUACUCAGCUGACUCUUGCUAAAUCCAUGGGAGAUACAAUGACAAGCUACUGCUGGUGUGGGUAAUUUGAAACAUUAUGUUGACCCAUAGAAAAGUGGGUGAGGUCCAGCCUUUGUCAUGCAUGGGGUCAAUUCAUGGAAAUCAGUUUGACUGCAGUGAGUCAUGGCCCACUGAUUUCAGGGAACUGAGCUGAUGACACUCACACACCAAACGAUGACAUGCAGAGGACUCCAAAAGUCAAUGCAAAGAUAUAGUGUCACACAGAUAAAUGUCCUCUCCAUACGUAGGGUCCUCUUGGCUACUCUCAGGCUUCCACAUUCUCCAUGUCUUGCUGAUAUAUGUGCAAGCAAAAACAAGAGCAAAAAGUGUAUGCAUAUGGUUUGGGUGAGUGUAGGAUUGCUUCCUCAUUAGCCCUGAACCAUGACUGAUGUGGGCAACUAGCUGCAGAUUGCACUGGCUAUAUUUGCCAUGAAACUAUCUGAGAAAAGCAAUGUUCUUAUGAGAGAGUUUUCCAUCCUUUCUGUGUCUCCCAGACACCUAUUUGUUAGGGAGAAAGAAGAGACAGUAAACUAGCUUUCAAGGGGUUCUCCAAACCUCAGUAAAACAUUCAGUUGUCUUCCAAGCAGAGAGAGAUAUGGGUGCUAUCCUACAGAGGGAAAGAGGAACCACCACAGGAGUGAAAGAAGAGUAGGACAGUUCUAUAUACAAUCCCUCUGUGUUCUCAAGGAGCCUCAACAGCAGCACCAUGGUUUAGACAACAGCACACAGCUCCCUUCCAGGAUAGAUUGCACAUCCUUGUGGAGGAGAAUGUCAUGGCAGGAUAGCAGGCAAGCCAUGACUCUUUACUUUAAAAGACUGGAGAGAGAUAUAUUGAGGCAUCCAGAAUCAGAAUCCCAACUACACUUACAUCUCACUGCCAGAAAUUGACCAAAGUGGGGAUAAAGGGAAGGGGAAGGAGAAAGGGAGAAAUUUAAUGUUAUGGGAUGAUAGGGAAAGGGGGAAUAGACAGUUUAGAAAAGUCUUAGGACAUAAAAUUGUGGGAUGGUCUUGGGGACGGGCAGUGUGUUAUUUUUCAAAAAGGCCUUCAGCAUGAGCAUUGAGUUGGGCAGUCCUUUGAUAGUGAACUGCUGUAAAAGCUAGCUAAUGAAGUAUCAAAACUGAAAUAAGGGUGGGCUGAAAGCAUAGACUUCCUCUGGUGACAUUGAUAGGGCAGUCUGGUUCACCUGUUGACCAGCCAUCUUGCUGUUGUUUCCUGGUCUCCAUGUUCAUCCUUUAAUUGCAUCUUCUGCUAUCCCAGUCCUGUCUUCCAUACACUCUUGGGAAAGAGAUGACACUCUUCAAUGCUAAAAGUAGCAUUAUUGAAAUACAAUGAGAAAAGGACAAAAGGAAGCAGAGGGUUGCUGGGAUGUAUGGAAUUACCCAGCAGCACCGAUGUAUAGCUUGGAAAAGUUAUGCUACUGGAAUACAACUCUCAGAAAGCCCCAUCCAGCUUGUAAUGUGACUGUGACGUCUAGGAAGUUCCAGAAACUAUUGUUCCAUGCAGCCACAUUUUGAAACUUUACUCUGAUCUGGUCUCCAGAGGCCAUAGGGGUAGAGAUUAUUUAAUCAAGGAACCAAUAUAGAUAAAUAAUAAAAACUGAAAAACCUGGGUUAGCCCUUAGCAUACUGCUACACCAUUGGUCAUUUGCUCAUCCAUAUAACAGAGCCAAUCUGUGAUGGCUCUGUUUUCUAGAGAAAAUGAUAGGGAGCAGAAUUAGUUUGCUGGAAUGUCAUGAAAGCAGUGGGGCUUAAGAGGGCAGAGCUAACAUGUUCUAUUGAUUUCAGUGGAAUAUAACCAUGAGUAACUUGGCCUAGAUGCAACCUAAAUUCCUGUGCCAAUAAAAAAGGCAAUCCUCCUGCUUUGCCUCCUACCUUUUCUGCUAUUCGGCACAUUUUAUCAUACCAACAGAUCUCUUCCUUUAGCUCACAGCCAUGCUACUUCUUAUUCCUGCCUCUCAGCAAAGAUCCAUGAACACACCAAUAAAGCACAAGCUUUAUUGCAGCCACGGAAUGCACUAGUGAUUUAUUUUCAAGAUUUAACUUUGCCAAGCAAGGGGAAACCUCUACUUCCCAUUGUUAUUUGUAAACCUCAGCAGUAUUGUCCUGAGAGCAGAGAUGGGGUAGGUGAGCUCCUAGUUCUAAGAUUCCAAACUAGAUCCCAUUUCCAUUGCAAGGCAAGGAACUUUCCUCUUCUCAAGAGAGGCAACAAAUAUCUGCAUUGAAGGCGAGCCUUGCUGAUCUGUCUGCACCUUAAUGCACCCUCCCCUUUCUAGUUGUUGCCCUACAAGGAGGAACAGCAACAAUAAAGAAUAACAAUGUUAAGCUGAACUUCUCAAAACUGGAUGUAGCAUAUCCAACAUCUUUGCUUAUCUGUGUAGUGUUACUGGUGCUAGGCAGAUGGGAUCCAUGAUCUUGUAGGCAGUGCCUGUGAAAAGGCAAAAAGCUUACUGUUCAGUGUUUACUGAAGGAUUAGGCAAGCCUUUAGAUGUUUUUGACUACAAGUCCCAUAAUCCCUGACCAUGCUGGUUGAUAUUGAGGAAGCAGGUAGUCCAAAACAUGGGGAACAUGAGAAGCCGCUUACUCCUGACUUGCUGCAUUUCAUCCCAUAUUGACUUCCUACAGCACCCCAGACCAAAAGGACAUGUCUCUUCCUUGAAAAACAUGUGAACAGUAAGAGUAGCUUUGGGGCUGCUUGUGAGUGAAAACCCGCAGUUGAGGUUUUACAUCUCAGGGAUUUUGUCACCAUGGGAAACAAGUAGAGAUGGAGAUUCCACAGAGAUAUAACAUGGACAUAUUAGGGAAAUGUUUUCUAUGGGGACCCAAUGGAAAACUUUUGUGGGUUAGCAUAGGAAACACAGAUUGAAAAUGUUACUUGCUGUGACCUAUAACCCAUGAUUGCUGGGAGAUGAGGGAAUACUCAGAGUUGUAGAAUGAAAUAAAUAAUGUUCCCAAGCUCUAGUAGGGAGGGGUGCCAAAGAUAAAAGCUCUGGUGAUCUUCUCCAUCAGUGGGGCACACCAAAAGGGUAGUUUCCUAGCCAGACUUCCAGGAGUAUAUUCUUUUUGAGAUAUAGCCAGGAACCCUCAUGAGUGUAUUCCUUUGGAGGAAAUAGUGACUGCAUUUUCAGGUUGGGGGGCAUGUUCACUGUGAAAAUCUUGCCCAUUGAGAAAUGUUUUAAAUAUAUCUACCCAUGGAGAGAUGUUGAAACUAAAGUUCCAUUGGAGUUCCAAAUGAAAUCCCAGAUGUCUUGCUCUGUUGUCCUUUGCAUGCCAGCAUGUUUAUCCCUGCAGUGAUCCUAGAAAAUUACAACAGCAGAACCAAGCACAGUUUAGGAUCCCCAUGAAGGAUUUGAGAAGGCAUCUUUGGAAACAUGCCCUUAAGGUGCUUAAAGUAGUAAGAGAGAUGGGAGUUUGUUAGCAAGAGGAGGCUUUUUAGCAUUCCUUGGAUGUGGAAUACUUGACUUUCUAAAUUAUGGAGGAAUUGAAUAUAAAGAGUCUCCAACAAUUAUAAAGUGGUAGGGCUGCUGAGUCCUCUGGAAGAUGUAGGAUUGCUUGGAUCCAGUUUGGACAGGGAGCUGGGCUUUUAAUGUUGAUGCAGAUGCAAUUUUUCCUAUAAUAGUCUUGCAGUGGUAGGAAAGAAUCUCCCCAGAAACAACAACUUUAUGUAACUUUUCAAAAAUACAUGCUGAUGCCAUCCCCAUAUAGAUUUUCACAACCCUAGGGAAAUGAGAUAACUUGCCUUUUGACUCGGAAUCAGGGUAAAGAAGAAUGAGGUUGGAAUGAAGGUGCAAGCAAGAAUUGUUUCUCAUCUCUACUGCUUCACUCCAGCCUCCCUAGUCAUCCCACGAUUUCUGCUAUGGAACAGGAUGGGCCAUGGGUGAUUAUGUAUUGCUGUUGACUUUGACUCCCUCCCUUCCAUCUCUCUCCACAGUACAGAGAGGAGGGAUUCAGAACACAAGUGGGGAGGGGGGAGUGAUUGAGUAAGUGAGGCAUGUAGCAAGCCAAACAUCUUCUAGAUGUGAAGGAAAGACUGCAAGUGACCUGUACCCUUCUUAUGUCCUGCAACGCAAGCCUUGGGCAGUGGGGAGAAUAUUGCAUAACAUGGGGCAGUUCCAACAGGGGAGGAAUGGCAAGGUGAGGUAAUAGGGAAAGAAGACGUGCUCCAAACUCCCCUGGCCCCUUCCUUGCAGCUAGUUUGGGACUUCAACUGUGAAGUACACACACUACCAGUCUGAGAAAAAAAGAGAUCUAAGCGUUAUAUUUGCAUGAUGAUUUUACUGUAUUUUUCUGAGCAAAAACAUCUUUUGUGUAUGUGCUGGUUUGUCAGGACUAAAUCUAAACAUGCUCUUUUGCUUUUUCCUCCCACCUUGUCCCACCCCACAAAUUCCUCCAUACUCCCUUACCACCAUUGUGAGUUGAAAUCUUUGGGAGAGAGCGAACUCCAAAGAGAACCCAAACCUAGUGCCACCAGCAAAAUAGAAACCCCCUUUCUUAUCCAGUCCACACUGCCCUUAUCUCUUUACAAACAUCUGGGUGCUGGUUUCGGCUUGGGUAACUUUUUGAGGCCUAAGUGAUGACUCCAGUCUUUUAAUCUAUACUCAUUCUGUAGUAGUUAUCCACCCCAUGAACCCUGAUUCUGUAGAAAUGCUUGUGAAGCAAUGGCUGUCAGGAAAGAGGACUUCUAGUUCUUGGUCAGAAAAAACUACUGCUAGCCCAUCAUGCCAAGUAGAAGUGUUGUUCAGGGAUAUAAUAAAAAGUUUUAUUAUAGAGGCAUGACCUGAAGGCCUCAUCCAAAGUGAAUUGGUUUUAAUGGGAGCAAAAACACCCCCUAUUGUUGUAGACUCAGUGGAUUGUGUUUCCCUGAAAGCCUGCAGGUAAUUUGGUAACCUAAGCAACAAUUGUUGACAAAGUGAUCUUGACAGUGAUCUGUCUUUUCUAAAAUGACCAUCCCCAAAUUUAAUCUGUCCUCUUUCAUACUCCUGUAGUUCUUACCACGGAGACCAGAACAUCUUUGGGGAAAAAUUCCUUGGGGCAAAUGAAUGAAGAAAUGUGAUACUUAUGUUGGAGAAGUUCUUGUUUCCUUUCUUUGCUACACUUGAACCUAGGAAUUAUUGGACAUCAGAGAUAUGCUUAUCCCAUUGAAAAGAAGAGGAAAUGCUGGAGUUGAUUUCCUGUUCUGUUCUGAUAAAUCUUCUAGUUGUAUCACUGCAAGAGAAGAGCCUAUGCUCGGUUGUUUACUUACCUCUUUUGAGUGCAGUGCUGUGGAAGUAUGGAUGCCUGUCCCUAAUGGAAUGGAUUCUGGUUACAACCCAUCCCCAUGUGAGUUGUCCUAAAGAAGAACAUAGCCAGGAUAUCAAGCAUCUCCUGGAACUGAGUGGCAGAUGGCUAAGGAGGGUCAAGAGAACAUGGACAAAGUGAGCUAUCACAUUGAACCUAUGACCUGUGAAAAAAAGACAUUGUGCUGAUUCCAGUGCAUGAAUGCCAUAGGCACAGCCACAGCAAAUACUGCAGUGCUGUUCUUGCCUCAUUCUCUGCUAUCUUCCAUCCUAUGCCAGAUAAUUCCUCCUGAGGUGGGCGUGAAAUAUUCAUGAACGACAAAUGAAAAUUUAUGUCAAGGAAUCUUGGCUGCGGCGGUGUCGAUGUGUUUGCAAUGCUAAUCAGGCUGACUUCUUGCUAGAGGCACUCGGAGGCAGUGAUGUGGGGUGGGAAAUAGGUAAUACAGUUAGGACCCCACAAAAGCAAAGGGGACAGGAUAUGGUGGGAGAGAAAGAGAAGAGGAAAGGCAGAAGAAGUAGGUGAUCAGAAAAGAAGAAAAGAGAUAUAUAAAUGCAGAGAAGCAGUUUGUUGAAUAGACUACAGAAAACAGAAUGAGUAAGAAAAGAAAAAGAAACGUAUAGCUGCCACAAAUUUUCUCAGUCCACUUUAGUGUUAAUCCUCCCCUAAACCAGCAUUAAGGGCUUCUUUGCUCUUUCUCAAACUUGCAGCUCCACAUUAACUAACACAAUGGAAAUAGAGAUGAAAACUGGUGAAUAGGAUGAAAAUGAUGAACCAGCUGCAUAAAGUUGCACUCUUUUAAAGCUGUGUCAUGAUUACCAGCCAGUAUACCCAGUAUUGGGAAGCUGGAGCCCAUCUGUUCUAGACACAGAAUGGUAUGGAGCUGACUUGAAUUAUUUGAAUCAUCCUCAUCUGCCCCAAGGAUUGUGGAGGUAGUCUUUCUCUUUCCACCAGUCAGACCACUUUGUCCCCAUGCUUCUCCUGUCAGGCCAAAUACUAAUGCGGGAUGAAGUUCAGUUAGUUUUGCUGUAGCCUUCAUGCUCACUAUUCUACCUACAGCUGAUCUAAUGGGGAAAGUCAAAUUUCAAGAAAUAUCAAUUGAACCCAGACCCUGAGAAACUGGGAUGAGUUCCUACUGACAUAGCAUUUUGGAGGUAUCAGGAAAAUCCAGUGGAAAUUUGGGGGGGGGGGUACAAUAGAGACAUGGAGACCAUAGAAAUUUGGAUAAUUAGAUUUCGCAACACUGUAAAGUCAUCUGAUGCUUUAAACCCUCCCAAUUUCUAUUUGUCAUACAGAAGGGAGCAUAUUAGAACACAAGUGCCCUCCAGAUGUUGUUAGACAGCCCAUUAUCCUUCAUCAUUGGGUAGGACCAAUAAUUCUGUUUGUGGAUCAGUUGGAGGGAGACACUUCCUUCUGAAAUAUUGGAGAAAAUUCCCUUCAGAUUAUGAGUCCAGCCAUAUCCUGAGACAAAUCCAUUCCUUAGCCCUAAUUUGAGGGAACAUUUUAUAGCAUAUCAACCCCAUGAAUUCUUUCUCCUGAUAAAAUGUCAAAAAUGGGAAGUCUGCAUUUAAUAAAUGCUUGACAGGAAAACUGAUAACAGUGUUAUGAGGUGAGAUAAUGGUGGAAGAGUGUGAAGAGAAACAUAGAAUUAGGAAAUUAAUGAGACAGUUUGGGAAGGCAGAGGAACAGGUCAGAGAAAAUGUUUUAUUUUGAAGGCCAAGCACCAGUUCUAUAUAGUUCCCUUAAGCAUCAUCUCACCCAUUGGAAUCAAACCACUGAAGUAUGAUACAAUACAGGACAUAGUAUGCAAUAUACUAAUGCCUAGAUGAAUAUUUCCUCAGCUGAUCAUGAGAAUAUCCAGCACCACCAAAACUUCUUGAGAAGAAGACAGCCACAGAAGGAAGUCAAGAACUGAAAUAUCUGCUCCACCCUCUUUGUUCUUAAAUGCAGGGGAACAGUGAACAGAAUGUGCAGGUAGUCCACUUUUAUGUGGCAGCCACCAUCACAUUGCGCAACAGCCAUGACAGCUGCACACAGAUGAAAGUGCAACUCUUCCAGGAUCAGGGACAACAGCCUCCGUAGAGUCACGGUGUACAAACUACAACACUUGGAAGUUGUUCUUUAAUGGAUCUCACUGUGAAAUGUUUUGUACUGGGCUCUUUUUUUCCUGGGUGGGUGGGGGAUUUUUUGCGGGCUUCGAGGAAACUUUCAUCCCAUGCUGCCGUGCUCCUUAACCUUCAAAUAUUUGUUUUUAUGGUACUAUGUGAAGUUUUGCUCUAUGGAACAGAUUGCAGUCACCUUGCAGUCUUUUGUGGACAUUCCUUUCUGUUGCAAACUGGAAGAAAGGACCACAUCCAUCUAUCCUCCACCCACCUUUUCCCACCUUGAUCUGCUGUAUCUCAUUUAAGAGGAAGAUUUAACUUCAUAUACUUCAGGGCAGCAAACCUACCUGAAAGUGGACUGCAAAUGGAAAUUUCUUCCUAAACUUAUAUACACACACCCACAUACAUACAUCAUCUCCAUCUUCCUGAGGGAUGAAUUUUCUUAGGUCCUUAACCCUCCUACCAUUUCCUUCCUCCAUUCUUGGCCUUUGUGUCAAUUAUGAGGCCUUGCUUUCAGGUGACUCCUACACUCCUAAUAUCAAAUGUCAACAUGAGGAGAAGGAGCCAGUAGUAAGAAGGGUGGAAUCCCAGCAGAGCCCUGCCACCCACAAGCACAGAAUUGGGGUACAAGAGUUGGGGGUAGUGCCCCUUUCUCUCUAGGUCUCCUCAAGUCCCACUUCUGCUCCCCUUGAAUGUAAUACACAAUUGGAGGCAGCUGCCGGUUUGGGUCCUCACCAGCCGCUUGGGUUCCCUCCUCCUGUAAUGAUCCUGUGAACUUUGGUUGUGUAUGGAGAUUUAUUUUUGAAGUUUGGUUUUAUUUUAGGUUUGGUUUUGAAUUGAUCUUUCUUUAGUCCCUGCCCCCUUCCAUAUUUUAAACUGAAUGGCACGAAAUUGUUUUCCUUGAAUCGGAGAUUCCUGUAUGGAGAAAAUCAAUUUCUAUAUUUGCAAUAAAUUUCUUAUUAAAAAAAGAGAGAAACCAUUAA